AUGGGUGGUCUUCUCGUCACGUUCUGGCAUAGAACCGGGGCCGCGCAUCGGAUGAACCACCAGCACGAGUCAGCAAAGGGCGGAGUUGGCCUCCGUGAAGCGCUCAAAUCGAAGGUGACAUGGCUCUGUGCCGCUUUCUUUUUUGCCUAUAUGGGCGCGGAAGUUGGCAUCGGUGGAUGGGUUGUAACGUUUAUGCUACGAGUCCGGAAUGCUUCUAGAUAUGCUUCCGGUCUGUCUGGUACUGCUUUCUGGGCAGGUAUGACGGUUGGGAGAGCAGAUCUCGGCUUCGUGACAGAACGAUUUGGUGAGCGCCUCUGUAUCAUGAUCUACCCGAUCACGGAGGAUUUACCGUGCCUCCACUACGGCGUCUAUGAGAUCUCGUGGAAUACUACGACAUAG